AUGACGGGCGACCCAGUGGCCCAACAGAUGCUAACCAAACGUCUUCUGUUCAAAUUAGACACCAGGAUUCUUCCAAUUCUCGCGGUGCUUUUCCUAUGCUCAUUCUUGGACCGGACCAAUGUUGGCAAUGCGAGCAUUCUGGGUCUACAGGAUGAUAUUGGUAUCACAGGGCACCAAUACAAUAUCGGGUUGGCGGUUUUCUAUCUUUUCUAUAUCCUGAGUGAAAUCCCGAGCAAUCUAAUCAUCAAAAAGGCAUCCCCGAAAAUCUGGCUUCCGUCCCUGACAAUGGUUUGGGGUAUCAUUACAAUGUGUCUGGGCUUUGUGCGUAAUUUUGGCAGUUUUGUCGCAGUCCGCGCGAUCCUGGGUAUUGCCGAGGGAGGGUUGCUCCCUGGAAUGGUAUUGUAUCUAUCAUUCUUCUAUCGACGAGGGGAUUUGGCUCUGCGGAUUGGGUUAUUCUAUACCGCUGCAUCAUUAUCUGGGGCAUUUGGAGGCCUCCUAGCUCGCGGUUUAGCAGAAAUCAGCCCCCGGGGUGGACUUGAGGGAUGGCGUUGGAUUAUGAUCAUUGAAGGGCUUUUGACCUUCGUAUGCGGAGGUCUGAGCUUUUUCGGCCUCCCCAAUAACCUUGAGACCGCGUCGUUCUUGUCAGAAGAAGAACGCAUAUAUGCUCUUGAAAGACUCAAGCUCGACCACCCAUCGCUCCCUCAAGGAACUCUCACAGAUGAACAAGAAGGCUUAAGGUGGUCUGAGGUACGACGGGGUCUUCUCGAUCCCCGCAUGUGGCUAUCAGCCCUCGCGUACUUCGCAAUCCUGUCCGGGCUCUACUCCUUCGGGUUAUUCUUGCCAACUAUCAUCAACGAGAGUGGAUUCGCCUCUAGCGCAAACCAAGUCCAGCUAUGGACGGUUAUUCCGUAUGCCGUGGCAGCUGUUUUAACUGUUGUCGUUGCAUUCAUUUCGGACCGCAUGCAACUCAGAGGCAUCAUUAUGCUCUUCACCCUCCCCAUCGCUAUUACCGGGUACGCCGCGAUAGCGAAUAUCGAGUCAGCGCAGAUCAAAUACGGAAUGACCUUUCUCAUGGCGACGGGGAUGUACGCCAGCGUUCCUUGUAUUUUGGUGUGGAACUCGAAUAACUCGGCAGGGCAUUAUAAGAGAGCCACGACGUCUGCGAUGCAGCUGGCGAUUGCGAAUUGUGGCGGAUUUGUUGCAACAUUUACCUAUCCGAGCCAGGAUCAACCACAGUAUCAUCAGGGCCAUACAGUGAUUAUGGGGUUAUUGGUUUUUGCAUGGUUCAUGAUCUUGUUUAACGUGCUUUACUGCGCCAAGAUCAACCGGGACAAGCGAAGGGGGAAAUAUGCCCAGUAUGAGGGUUACAAUGAUGAUCGUGAUCCCAAGUUCAUGAUGGUGUUGUAG